AGAUGUCUAACGUGGAGGCAAGAAGGGCAAAGAGAUGGUGUUCAUGCCGUGAGUUCGACGAGCCAACCCACGGGAAUCAAGUAGCCAGCGAGACGGUGCAUGGUGCCCAUCUUGCAAUGACUGAAUUGUCGAAUUGUGCCACUUGCGUGGAGGAGAACAAUGUGUGCAAGUGUAGGGAGGAAAGUGAAGUUUUGAGUUUUAGGAGUGAAUUGCAUACCAAGGCUGAUAGUUCCUUUGCUCAUUCAGUGAUCAACAUGGUGGGAAUGCUAAUAGGUCUUGGGCAACUUUCAACUCCCUAUGCUUUGGAGAAUGGAGGAUGGACCUCAGCAUUUCUACUAGUGGGACUUGGAAUCUUGUGCGCAUACACCUCACAUAUUAUAGGCAAGUGCCUUGAGGAGGAUGCUAGCACAAAAAGUUACCAAGACAUUGGAGAGCAAGCAUUUGGGACCAAAGGAAGGAUCAUAACCUCCACCUUCAUAUACUUGGAAAUAUUCCUAGCCCUUGUGUCAUACACAAUCUCUCUCAGCGACAACUUACCGUUGGCACUUCGCGGUGUUCAUCUUUCAUGGCUUCACUUAUCCACAGCUCAGCUGCUAACAAUUAUAGCAGUGUUGGUGGCACUUCCUAGUCUUUGGCUAAGGGAUCUUUCCUCCAUAUCCUUCCUCUCCUUUGCAGGGAUCCUUAUGUCGCUUCUCAUCUUCACGACCGUAGGGUGGACAGCAGCCUUUGGAGGAGUCGAGGGUAACCAAAGGAUACCUAUACUACAGCUUCGCAAGAUCCCAGGGAUAUCUGGCCUAUAUGUAUUUAGUUAUUCUGGCCAUAUUGUCUUUCCCAACAUACACACCGCCAUGAAGGAUCCCUCCAAGUUCACCAAGGUCACUGUCACAAGUUUUACAGUGGUCACUGGCAUCUACACAGCUCUAGCUUUCAUGGGGGCGAAGUUAUUCGGACCGACCGUUAACUCGCAGAUCACCCUUAGCAUGCCUCAUCAUCUCGUCGUCACCAAGAUCGCUCUAUGGGCGACUGUGCUCACACCGAUGACAAAAUAUGCCCUUGAAUUCGCUCCUUUUGCUAUCCAACUUGAGCACCAUCUACCUUCUUCUGUGAGCUCCAGGGUUCGAAUGCUCAUCAGAGGCAGCAUAGGGUCCAUACUGCUAUUGGUGAUCCUGGCACUAGCCCUCUCCGUCCCAUACUUUGAGCACGUCCUCAGCCUAACUGGUUCCCUUGUAAGCACAACCAUCUCAGUGGUCUUUCCCUGUGCCUUCUAUCUCAAGAUAUGCUGGCCUAAAGUCUCCAAGCCGACUCUCCUUCUUAAUGGUGUGCUUAUAGUCAUUGGGACUCUAUUUGGGGUAGUAGGAACCAUCUCAUCUUUUAUGUCACUUCUACAAAGUAUUCAGAAAGACCAUUGAUCACCUUCAUCUAUGGAACAAAAAGUAGUUUUUAAGGCUCUUUUUAUUACCCAAUAAUAAGCAGAAGGGCUGAACAACAUGAAGGAGAAUGAAGUUUGCAGUCCAUGAUGAAGUAUAGAGAGAGAUGGCGAGAGGUUGAGAGGGUGUGAGGAAUCUUAUCAAUGAUGUUGGUUGUGAAUCAAAGUCUCUUAAAUAUAUAUGGA